AUGACUGCGUGGGACACGCAUCAACCGAAAGUGGCCGGCAACACCACACUUCGCUCAGCAUCCUACUACAUCUCGAUGAGCGACCACGCCGGCACCCACAUUGAUGCACCCAAGCACUUCGAUCCCACGCCAGGAGCUUUGUCAGUUGACGAGAUGCCUCUGAGUGAUUUCUAUACUGAAGGCAUUUGUCUGGACCUUUCGCACGUGGAGCUCAAAGCUUCGAUCUCGGUGGCAGAGAUGGAGGAAGCACUAGCCAAGUCCGGCGAGGAGAUCCAGGACGGCGACACUGUAUUGCUCUACAUGGCAUUCAACAAGCGGGUCUCUACGUCGGAUCCACGCUGGCAGCACGACUUCCCGGGCCUCGCCCUCGAGUCAGUCCACUGGCUGGCGGACAGAGGCUGCAAGAUAUUCGGGGUGGAAGCCAUCAGUCCGGCGCCAGAAGGGGAGUUGAACUUCCAGGCUCACAAUGCUUGUGGUGAGAGAGGUAUCACGCACAUGGAAGGUCUUGAUAACCUGGAGUCGUUGCUUGGGAAGGGGAGGUUUAAGUUCAUGGCGUUUCCGCUGAAGCUGGUGGGUGGCAGCGGAAGCCCGGUCCGCGCGGUAGCUCUACUGGAUGAUAAGAGGGACGAUACGCUGGUUGAGCAGGCGAGGAUGUAG